CUGUAGUCAAGGUCUUUAAACACAUCCUUAGUUAAAUCACAUACACAUGUAGUUUUAUUCAGUGGUGUUUUUUGAAUAUUAAUACACAAAACCACAAGCAUUGCUCAAAUGAAAUCAUGGACUUAUUGAUAUCAUUUCUAAUACUCUGUUCUCUUGUUCUUGGGACUAAUGCGAAUGAUGUUAAAAAGGUGUUGGUGUUUGGGGGAAAUGGUCUUAUUGGUGCAGCUAGCGUAAAUAAAAUGCUAGAAAAUGGACACGAUUUGACUUUGGUAACCAGAGGAAAUUGGUACUGGGACACUGACGAUAAUAUCAAGCCACGGGUAAAGCAUUUGAAAUGUGAUCGAAUGAAAAGUUUAAAGGAUUGCUGGAGUGCAGAACAGUAUGAUUUUUACGAUGCAAUUGUAGAUUUCAGUGGAUUUGAUCCGUAUAUGAUCAAGGAUACAUUGAAACUUCUGCAAGGUCGUGUUGGUCGCUACAUCUAUAUCAGUUCUGACUCGGUUUACGAAGUCUGCACGAAAAACCAUUCACGGCCAACGGUAGAGACCGAUUCUGUGCGACCAGGUGACAUAAAAGAGCAGGAUGUUUUGAACAAGAAAGAUGAUUAUGGCCAUCGGAAAUAUUCAGGGGAAGAGGUUUUGGUAGAACAGAGGAAGCAAGGUGGGAUGCCAUAUUUCUUCAUUAGACUUCCUGAUGUUAUUGGGUCACGUGAUAACACAUACCGUUGGUGGAUAUACCAGGCUUGGUUGAGAUUAUCGCCAUACUUGGAAACAAAGAUAGCUAUUCCGAAAAAUCUUAUUAACUUCCCAAUGAGCUUUGUUUAUGUUGAAGACGUUGCAAAUAUCGUAUUACAAAGUUUAAAUUAUGACCAAGACCUUUUAGACGAAGCAUACAACUUUGCUUUUGAUGAGACACCAACGCUACCAGAAGUUCUUGAUAAAAUGAAAAAAUAUAUGGAAAAACUAGAUAUUGAUAUUCCAGUGGCUGACGAUGAAGAUGUUGUUCAUUUAUUCCCGUCCGUGACAAGAGGUCCUAUAUGCUGUGAUAAAGCAAAACAUAAACUUGGCUUCAAGCCUACAUCGUUCGAACAGGCAGCAAAAGAAACUGUCGAAUUUUAUGAACAAGCAAUGUUAAGUAACAAAUUUGAAAGAGAACGGUUAAGUGUAUUAAAAACAUUAGAAACAUUUUCUCCUAAUAAUCCUGGAAACGUUUAUAUAGGACUCCGAAAGGAAUAUGGUUUAGAUAUAAAAAGUCGAGAAGAACUGUAAUAGAAUGGGAAUUUUCAUUUUGAUUUGAAUUACAUGUAUUCAUGGGUAGUACAGUAUGUAAAUACUUUAAUGUAAACACAAAAUAGUAUCAACAAAACAUAAGUAAUUAUACCAAACAUUUUGUAAUGAAAUUAUUAAUUACACUAUGACUUAAAUUAUCAGAAUUCAUAAAGAUUUCAUAACUACCCUUUUCA